AAUUCAUAAGCUCUACAAACAGUUUUCAAUAUUUUGCAAAUUAAUUAAAAAACUACUUUCACUUGAACUUGGCAAUCAUGCAAAACGACCUGGGAUGGGUUGAGUAUACCAUGCCAGAAAGCGGAAAAUCAGAAGAGGCAAUCAACGAAUGUCGUCCUGUCAAACCAAGAGGACGUACAGACUUCUUCUUUUUAGUCUUGAAUUUCGUUUUCAUCGUCAUUUUGUUCAUUCUUUUCGGAUAUUGCUUCUUCAAUGGGUCAAUUUACAGACAAAUCAAUGGUUAUGAUAGUUGCGGCAAUGUGUGCGGAUUAAAGAAUUCUAGAAAUGAGGAUGAAUUGUGCUCUAAUCCUGAUAAACGAAACGAAAAUUUCCUGCUCAUAAAAAAGAUUCGGUAUAGAGAAUUCACAAUAAUUGAUCGGCAAUGUGUCGCAAACUGCUCUGAAUAUCCGAACUAUGUACAGGAUGGGAUUUUUUGUACAAAUGGGAAAGUGAGUCGAGGAGUUAGAAAUAUGUUUCCCACAAAUCAUCUUGAACUUGGUGCUGUUGCAGUUGUUUUGUUGAUUGCCGUCGUUUUUGCAGACAUUGUUCUCGUGCUAUUACGCUAUGCCACAAAAAUCGUUGUGUGGUUCACGGUCGGUUUCGUUGCUGGGUCGCUAGUUAUUUUAAGUAUUUAUCUUCUUUAUUUGGGAAUGAUGCUCGAAGGGGAU